GUGAAUCAUCUCCUUGGCCCUUGAUAAUAUUUACUAUUAUACAGUGUCACUCUCUAGCUCAGAUUAGCCUGGAACUUGAUUAUACAGCCCAGGCUAGCCUCCAAUUCCUUGUCUUUCUACAUCUCCCUCCCAUGUGCUGAGAUUAUAGGCAUGGCAUGCACUGCCAUUCCUGGAUUAUUUAUGUUUGCAACUUCUACUGUGAACACAAAAUGAACAUCACUAAAUGACCUGGUUAAGAGUCUUCCUCAGUAUUCUUUCCAGAAGUAGGCAAUCUGGACAAUAUGAGCUUUAUAAGGACCAUAAGGAUGACACAUUGCUUUUUUCUUACUCAAGCUUCUGGGAGAUGUUGCCUGAUGUGCAGGUUUGUUUGUUGCUGAGCUGUGUAUAACUCUAGCUGAAGAGCAAAGAAUGUGACGCUGUUCUUGUGGUGUGUACCUAGAUAAUGAGAUGAGUGCUGGCAGUGUCUACUCUGUGCGCUUACCUGUCUCUUUCUUUACUCAGAUCCCUUUGAUUUGAAUCAUAAUCUUGGUGCUGGAUUAUCGAGGAAAAUGACAAAUUUUAUAAUGAAAGCUUUUAUCAAUGGCAGAAGAGUAUUUGGAAUUCCGGUCAAAGGAUUUCCAAAGGACAACCCCUCAAAACUGGCAUACUUUUUUGAUCCGGAUGUCCUAACUGAGGGAGAACUGGCCCCAAAUGACAGGUGCUGCCGAAUUUGUGGGAAAAUUGGACACUUCAUGAAGGACUGUCCCAUGAGGAGAAAAGUGAGGCGACGGAGAGACCAGGAAGAUACCCCAAACCAACGGUACUCAGAGAGCAAAGAAAAAAGAAGCAAAGAGGACAAAGAGAUUCAGAACAAGUACACAGAAAAGGAAGUGUCAGCAAAAGAAGAUAAGCUCACACCAUGUGCAGCUGCGAAAGCCAAGCCAGUGAGGGCAGCUGUUGACCUGGGCCGGGAGAAGCUUCUCAGGACACCAGCAGAAAAGUGGAAGAGACAGGAUGACAGAGACUCAAGAGAAAAGCGUUGUUUCAUCUGUGGAAGAGAAGGACACAUUAAAAAGGAAUGCCCACAGUUCAAAGGCUCUCCAGGUUUGUGUAAGUCAGAUUAUGUGUCUGCAUACUCUUCACCUAACCCUUUGAGACCAGUUGCUCAGGCAGUGCUUUUACAUGAAGACAAAAAGAAACAAAAAACAACCAUAUUUUUGAGUCCCCAGUCAGGUAGCCUUUCCAGUAAAUAUAUGACUCAGGGGAGAGCCUCAGUGAAGAGGACGCAGCAAGAAUCAUGAGGGAAGGAACUGCAGCGCUGGAAAUGCCACUCAGGUGUCCCUGGCCACUUGGGAAAUUAGGUUCAUGUCACAGGACAUAGUGACACAGAUCAGGCUUCAACGUAACAGUUGAGGGGCAUCAUAAUUUUUUAAAUUUUAAUGAAAUUGUUAAUGAGGAAAAGAAAAUUUUUAAUAUAGUCUAACUAUACCAUCAAUCCCCAGAGAUUUGAAAAUUUUAAUAGAAAGUCAACUUAAAAGAAAAAUAUAAGUGAGGGUCAGUAUUCAGUGACUACAGUGUCAUGGUUUUUAGUUCUUUCAGAGCACUCUAAAAAUAGCGUGCUGCUCAUGGGGGAGUCGGCCUCCUUUCCCUACACAUCCCCUUUGGGAUUUCCAAGAGGGGAUUCUCUUUGUUACUGGAUCGUGGUAUGGGCGCACAUUAAGGACAUGUGGACUAUACUGCUGUACAUAGGGUCUGCAAGCAUUCUUCAUGGUUCUUUGUAGAAAUGAUAGCAUGGAAUGCAAGCACCUGUCAGUGUGGGCCUCGGUGGGCCAAUCGCAUCACCACUGACAACACAUCUCUGAGGGCUUCCUUCUCUAAGUAAUUGACAUAGAACUGUUGUGCUCAUAAAAAUGAAGUCAUAAAAAUAAGUAGUCCUUUUUGCUGGUUUAAAAAAGAAAAAUUAAAGGGGAAAAGGACAGAAUAAAAGUGCUUUUUACUUUUUAUGAUACUCAGAAAUUAGGGUGGAGAGCUUUCACAAACCUCUGAAGAUCAAAGAGGCUGCUGUCUCUGCCAAUCACAAGUUUGAUUGGCAACCUUCUGGUCUGACUGGAGCCCUCUCUAAACUGUUAAUGAACUUCACAAGCCUUUCUGAAAUAGUACAGACUCAGAACUAUGCCAGUUUAUUUAUCAUUUUGAAAUAAAGUCGAACUUUCAAUGUGUAA